AGGCCAUUGGGGCAUCUUCCCUUUGCCAUCCACACCCCCUCAGCGGAACCUUCCCCCUCACGCUUUCGUCCGGCCCGCCAGCCCUCCCCGAUGUGCUCCCGAUGGCGGGCGGCGCCGCCGCUCUGGAGGAGCGGCGCCGCCAGCUUGUCGCCGAGUGCGGGGAGGUGGAGCGGGCGCUGGAGGAGAGCAGCGCCUGGAACUCGACGAGCUUCGUGAGGCCGAGCGAGAGCACGAGGAGCUGCGGGCGAGCGCGGCGGAGAAGCGGGCGUCGGAGUUGCUCUCCUGCGAGGGGCAGGAUGAUGCGGCGAGCCUCGCCUCGAUGCUGGAGCGGGCGCACGAGGAGCUCGCCGGGGCCGAGCUGGCGUGCUCGCGGGGGGCGGCCGAGGCGCGCGCCCUGCACGAGAUGGGGCUGGAGCCGGAGGCGCCGAGUUGGUCGGUGGAGGUGUGGGGCGGUGGCUCGUCGGAGACGAACUGCGCGGACGAGACGCCUCCGAGCAGGACAUAGCGAGCGCCGCGAGCGCGAGCGUGCCCCUCGUCGUCAGCUUCGACGCCACGGUGGCUCUGGAGGGGAGGUCCUCGGCCUCCGGAGACCUUCCGACCGCCGAGGAGAAGCUCCGCACCACGCCGCGCGACGGCCCCGGCCUGGGCGACCUGGCGGGGCCGGUGACGCUGCGCAUCUGGGCCUGGGGCGGGCGCGCCUCGGCGGGCGGCGCAGCGGCGAGCCGCGG